AUGUGUUUCAGAAAGGCUUCAACUACUUCAGCAUCUGAUCAGGUUUCCAUUAGAUUAAGGCCACUGAAUGAUAAAGCAAGGAAUCAUAUAUGUGAUUGGGAAUGCCCUAACAAUCACACCAUCGUUUUCAAGCAUAGUUUGCCAGAACGCUCCGUGUUCCCUUCAGCCUACACAUUUGACAGACUAUUUGACAGUGAAUGUGAUACAACUCAAGUGUACGAGGAAGGAGCUAAACAUAUUGCGCUCUUAGUACUCGAGGGAAUCAAUUCAAGCAUAUUUGCAUAUGGGAAAACAAGCAGUGGAAAGACGUAUACAAUGAGGAGUAUCACUGAAUAUGCAGUAUCGAAUAUAUACGACUACAUCGAGAACAAUGGGGAAAGAGAUUUUUUGGUGAAAUUAUGUGCCAUGGAAAUAUACAAUGAAGCCGUGAGAGACCUCAUUAGCCCUGAUAGCUACCCACUAAGAGUGCUAGAUGAUCCAGAGAGGGGAACCAUUGUAGAGAAACUAAUUGAGGUGACUCUAAGAAACAGGGAACAUCUUCACGAGCUACUUGCAAUCUGUGAAGAAAAUUUGCUUGUUUAUCCACCAGAACAUGUUAUCUUUGGAGACUAUGUCUAUGAGUUAUGUGAUGAGGAGACGAUAAGAAAGAUUCUAGGAGCUCCCGAGAGAGAUGGCGGUGACCUACACUGUCGGCCGAAGCGGGGACCGACGAUGAGAGGCGAUGAACGGGUUUCUCAUUCUUCACGUCGAAUAGGGACUGAAUUCGGUGGUCUGACGGUUGGGGACGGGUCAUGGGAGGGCGCUGGUUCGAUUAGUGGUGUCGGUGCACGACAACGACAAUCAGAGCGGGGUAAAUCGCCUGAGCAAACUUGA